GAGCUAGCAUGGGGCGCGGGCGGAGCCAGACGAGGAGGGCGGCCAAAGUUGCCAAGGCCCCGCCUGUCGCCCCGGAGGAGUCGGCUUCCUCCUUGGUUUCCGACGUGGAGGCGGAAGCGGAGCAGGUGGAUGAGCUGCGAGAGGCGGUGUCUCGCGGCGGGCCCCGGGGCCUCGGCUCGGGCGGAAAGGGCCGCAGCCGCCGCGAGAGGGAGCAGAACACCAACUGGCCCGUCCCCGCCGGCCACGAGCGCAAGAUCUCCAGCAAAAUCCGCGCCACCCUGGCUAAGCGUCGCCGAAGGCAGCAGAGGACUGGCGGGACCCGCGCCAGGGGGCCGGCCAAGGCGAAGGCUGCAGAAACAACCGAUGGCUGAAAAUGUUGCUCUGUAGCUGAAGAAACCACCAUCUGGAUCUGCUGUACUGCAGGAUUUCCACUUCUGAAUCCUCCUUGUCCUUUAGACAAAUGCCCAAGUUCUCUUGGACAAAGAAGCCUGUCUGCCCAAUAACACCAAAACACAGUGCA